CCUUCACUUUGUAAAUAUUCCACAAAUGUUUGACCUUCAAACUUUCUUCUAUUCAGGUUGUCCAAGUCACAGUGUUGGUAUACCCGAUCCUAGUUCGGUACCUGAUCACAGGUUUACAGCAACAACAUUUUAUUGGCCUUACCCGCCUUAUUACGGGAGACUGGAUGGUAGCAAAUCCUGGGCCCCGAGUUCCCGAAAUGCACCUGGUGAUUAUCUACAGAUUGAUCUAGGUGCUGUUUUCUACAUAUGUGCUGUAGCAACACAGGGGGAUGGGGAAUUCAAAGAUCAAUGGGUAAAAAAGUAUAAAGUAUUGUACUCAACAAACAACGAACUUUGGUCAACAUAUUACAACAAGUCAAGUGAAAAAGAGUUCAGCGGUAACUAUGACAGAACAACAGUGGUUACUAAUGCAAUAAUCAACCCAUUCAGAGCCAGGUUUGUUCGUGUACUUCCAACUGCUUACCAAGGAUGGAAGUUGCUAAGGGUGGAUUUCAAAGGACUUUCUUCAGGUUGCACUUCGUCGCUUGGUCUUGAGRRYWCACARAUACCAGACUCACACUUAACGUCAUCUUCAUCAUYCGAUAAUUCCCAURCUGCACCACGUGSUCGUYUGUAUGRCAGUUCGUCAUGGUGCAGCCAAACAAWUGGYAAUAAUGAGUACAUACAGGUUGACCUUGGACAGGUCAAGACAGUGACAGGYAUUGCAACACAAGGUAACCCAGAUAUGGAUGCAUGGGUGACGUCAUACAAAGUUAGUUACAGCUUUGAUAACACAUAUUGGAAUGAGUACAAAGAAGGACAGGUCGUUAAGGUAAUAUCGUCUGGGCUAUGA